GUCAUGCAUGAUUGUUACAUUUUGGUGCUUUUAUAACUUGAACACAUUUUGAUUUGAGAGGCAAGAAUCAAAGAACCUGAACAUUUCUAUCUGUAUCUCGAUAUCUUUCUCUCAGAAUUCUUGAGAAUUUAAAGGAAGAUGGCCGGAGGUGGUAUGGCUGUCCAGGGCGGAAGCAGAAAUUAUGAAGGAGGUGUCACGGUCUUUGUAAUACUCGCAUGCGUGGCUGCCGCCACAGGUGGCCUCCUCUUUGGAUAUGAUAUUGGAAUCUCAGGAGGUGUGACAUCAAUGGAGUCAUUCUUGAGCAAGUUCUUCCCAUCUGUGUACCACAAGAUGAAGAAUAAGGCUGCUGAUCAAAACCAGUACUGUAAAUUUGAUAGCCAACUCCUCACAUUGUUCACCUCUUCUCUUUACAUUGCUGCUCUGGUGGCUUCCUUCUUUGCUUCAACUGUAACUAGGAGAUUUGGUCGAAAAGUGUCCAUGCUAGUGGCAGGCGUUGUGUUCUUCAUUGGCUCUAUCCUAAAUGGUAUUGCCAGUAACAUUGUAAUUCUGAUCAUAAGUCGUCUCUUGCUUGGUGUUGGUGUUGGGUUUGCUAAUCAGUCUGUUCCUGUUUAUCUUGCGGAAAUGGCUCCAACAAAGAUUAGAGGAGCACUCAACAUGGGUUUUCAAAUGGCCAUCACCAUUGGCAUUCUAGUCGCGGGGCUUGUUAACUUUGGCACUGCCAAGAUUAAGGGUGGAUAUGGUUGGAGGAUCUCUUUAGCUGUUGCAGCAAUCCCUUCCUUGAUCAUGACUGUUUCUGCAAUGUUUCUGCCCGACACACCGAAUUCAAUGGUAGAGAGAGGACACCCUGAGAUGGCUAGGAAAAUGUUACAAAAAAUUCGCGGCACCGACAAAGUCAGUGAAGAGUUCCAAGACCUUGUUGAUGCUACUGAGGUUGCAAACAAGGUGGAGAACCAAUGGGGAAACAUCAUGCAACCAAGAUACAGGCCUCAACUUAUCAUUUGUGUUCUCGUUCCAUUCUUCCAGCAGCUCACUGGAAUCAAUGUGAUUAUGUUUUACGCGCCUGUUCUCUUCAAGACUCUAGGCUUUGGAGAUGAAGCUGCUCUCAUGUCUGCGGUCAUCACUGGUAGUGUUAACGUUCUUAGUACCGUAGUGUCCAUGAUCGUUGUUGACAAGUUUGGAAGGAAAGCAUUAUUCCUAGAAGGGGGGCUGCAAAUGAUCAUCUGCCAGAUUGCUGUAGGAGUCUUGAUUGCCAUGCAGUUUGGUGUUAGCGGACAAGGAACAUUUACAAAGGGCGAAACUAAUUGGGUCUUAAUCUUCAUCUGUGGAUAUGUUGCAGCAUUUGCUUGGUCUUGGGGUCCUUUAGGGUGGUUGGUUCCUAGUGAAAUCUGUCCUCUGGAAAUCCGAUCAGCUGGACAAGCCAUCAAUGUCUCAGUUAACAUGUUCUUUACCUUUGUCAUAGGCCAGGGUUUCCUCACCAUGCUUUGCCACAUGAAGUUUGGUCUCUUCUUCUUCUUUGCUGGUUGGGUGACCAUUAUGACCAUCUUCAUCGCCUUCUUCCUACCAGAGACAAAGAAUGUCCCCAUUGAAGAGAUGAAUAGAGUGUGGAAAGCACACUGGUUUUGGGGCAAGUACAUCCCAGAUGAGGCUGUCAUUGGGGGUUAUAAUACACAUGAUAAAGCUGUAGUUUGA